CAAGUAAGCCACACACAAACAUAGCUUAAACUCUAGGUGAACGUCGCAGUUAAAACAAAAUUGCAUACACAUUUACAAGUAUUCUCAUUACGAGCCAGUCAUCUCACUAAGAUCAAAUCCUAAAUUAAUUGAAGCAUAAAAAUGUCCGAACGUGUGAAACGCCUUCUUCUAACAUCAAGUUGUCAAUACUUAGGAUCCCAUACAGCUGUUACUCUAUUGAAAGCUGGAUUUGAAGUAGUGGCUAUCGACAAUCCCAGCUUCAAAAGUACAGAGUUGCCGGAAUGUUUGAAACGAGUAGAAGAAAUUACCAAAAAAAAGUUCACCGAAUUUUAUGCCGUAAAUCUCUUCGAAAUAGACGAACUCAGAGCAAUAUUCCGAAAACAUAAGUUUGAUGUGGUGGUUCACUUUUCACAAUUGAGGGGAGUCCGUGAAUCCCUUCUCAUGCCUCUGAAGUAUUACUCUACAAACGUUGCUAGUCUACUGUCUUUACUCCAGGUCAUGCAGGAGUUUGGUGUCACAAAAAUGGUCGCUGCUAGCUCUUCUACAGUGUACGGAGAUCCCAAGUACCUACCUAUUGACGAGGGUCACCCCGUAGGAGACUGUACCAGUCCAUAUGCUAGAACCAUGUUGAUGACUGAAAAUAUUCUUCAAGACAUCACAGCGGCUGAGGGUUGGAAUGUCAUACUUUUACGCUUCUUCAGUGAAGUUGGAGCACACGAAUCUGGCAGGAUUGGAGAUGACUCCAAAGGUCCACCCCAGAACCUGAUGCCCUUCGUGGCUCAAGUAGCCGCUGGGCAACGUGCUGAAUUACAGGUGUUCGGAGAUACUUUUAACACAAAGGACGGAACAGUGGAGCGGGACUACCUUCAUGUUAUGGAUCUUGCUAAAGCACAUGUGGCAGCAGUGAAGAAAAUACUGGAGCCAUCUUACAAAGGCUGCCGAGCGUAUAACUUAGGAACAGGAAAGCCCAAUACUGUGUUGGAGGUUAUACAAGCCUUCGAACAAGCCUCGGGAAAGAAAAUUCCUUACAAGAUAGGAGACAGGAAGCCGGGUGAUGUGGCCAAGUUGUACGGUGACCCGAAGCACGCAUACACCGAGUUAGGAUGGAAAGCUAGCCGCUCUCUUCUUGAAAUGUGUGCUGACAUGUGGCGGUGGCAAACUAUGAAUCCUCAAGGCUACGAAAGGGAACCACAAAAAUAGUACAAGAAAGCGAAACGAAUAAGAAGAACAAGAGUAAGAGAGAGAGAGAGAGAGAGAUUCAAAAGCUGAUAAUACCUGCACAAGAGUUAUCUGCUGUAGUUUAGUAAUUACACGUAUUUUACAUAAAGUGGGCAUGUUCGGUUAGUUUCUAUCUUCAAAGCUCCUUCUACCAUUCACACU